CAAGCUCCCCUGUGCCCCCGAGCUCGCCGCGUCUUCAUAUGCCAUUCGCGACUCCCAUCUCCGUCUUGCAUGCCAUUGCUGGCCGCAAUUGACUCUCCUCUUCUAUCACAGGCUCAAUUUCACCGUUGCAAUAAUGCUUCGCAACGGAGCUUCGCGGACCCUGCUGCGAUCGCUCAAAUCUCCAGCAUCUUUCUCUAUACGAAAACCUCAAUUCACAGCCUCUCCAGCACAAUGGACCUCGCGAAUGUGCACAAUAAGCUCCAAACGGCCCCAAUCCCUGGCCCUUGCACAAUUGAAGCCUUUACAAGCUGCCAUCUUUCAGCGUUCCGUCACCAAUACUCCUUGGGACAAGAUUGACAAGAAACACGAGGAGAAGCUUGCUCAUCAAGAAAUCAAGCCAACUCCAGAGACUGUAUCAGCAACGUCCAGCACACAUCCAAUCUUGCAUGAAAUUGCGACUCCCGAUCCUGAGCGCGAUGUGGACAUGAUGGCUGGUAUCAAGGGCGACCUAAAAACUGUAAAAGACACGUUUUCUCUCUCCGACGUCCCGCCACAAGCCUUCUAUAUUGGUCUGGCCGGUGUACUGCCGUACCUAGCAACAUCUCUUUCAACCGUUUUCUGCGCGUGGGAAAUCACCAACGCAACGGAACAUGGAACGGGACUUCUAUUAUCGCAUGAGACUGCUGAGGCUUUGAUUCACGUCCUGGAACCACUACAGGUUGGCUACGGCGCAGUGAUCAUUUCUUUCCUAGGCGCCAUCCAUUGGGGCCUCGAAUUCGCAGGCUAUGGUGGUUACCAAGGAUACCGGCGAUAUGCCAUUGGCGUGGUAGCACCUGCAGUCGCCUGGCCUACUAUUCUCAUGCCCGUCGAAUACGCCCUCAUUACGCAGUUCCUAGCCUUUACCAGUCUAUACUAUGUAGACACUCGUGCCGCAUACCGUGGCUGGACUCCACCAUGGUACAACACUUACCGCUUUGUGCUCACAUUCAUUGUGGGUGCCAGUAUUGUCGUCAGCCUGAUUGGGCGAGGAGAGGUUGCCGAUCGAGUACAAAGACAGCACGGUGGAACGGACAAGAUUGCGACGCUUAGGAAGUUGACCUUUGACGAAGAACAAGAGGAGGAGAAGCUCAUCCAGAGCAAGAAAGUAGAGGAAGACGAAGCUGCUGAAAGAGAGUCAGAUGAUGAAAGCGGUAAGGAUGAGGAUAAGAAGGAUGGCCAGGAGGGUGGUGAAGAGAAGAACGAGGAAGGAGAAGAAAAGGAUGACCAGAAAGAUGACGCAAAUGAAGAGAAGAAGGAUUCAUGAGAACUGAUCCACCUUUUUCGUAAAUGGAGUACGGAUUCACAUUGGCUUUGGCGGCACUUUGAUUUCCCUUAGGCCUUCAAUUCAAUUCACACUUUUCUAUGCUCCAAUGCACUCAAGACACUUCGGCUUGCCAGCGAAGCUUUUCUCAGUUUGGAGGAUUUGAGCGAGUUGGUGAAUACGGAGGGAUAUUCACAGUUUUAUGAACAUGUAUUUUAUCUGCAAGGCGCAGUCGAAGGUGAGCGUUUGAUAAAGUCUACAACCCGUGGUUUUCUUGUGUGACUUCAAAAUCGGCCAGCUCUUUAAAUUCAUCGUAUAUAUAACCUAUACUGAUCGUUAUCAGUCUGGCUAGAUUGGUAUGCUUUCUACGGGGAUCUUUGAGAUAAGAUGGAUC